AUGCAGCCUUUCCUCUGCCGCCCCAGCGCCAUGCUUGCGUGGAACGGAGGACCCGCACCCGCGUACGGGGCCGACCCAGGCGAAGAGGGAGCAAAUGAGCGGUUGCGGCCGCUGUCGUAUCCGGACACAGAUGCCAUCCUCAUGUGCUUCAGCAUUGACUUACCCGAGUCCCUGGAGAACAUCCCGGAGUCGGAGAGCAUGGAGCCAUGCCUCUGCCGCCCUAGCGCAACGCUUGAGGGGAACGGAGGACCCGCAUACGCGUACAGAGCCGACCCAGGCGAAGAGGGAGCACAUGACCGGCUGCUGCCACUGUCGUAUCCGGACACAGACGCCAUCCUCAUGUGCGUCAGCAUUGACUCGCCCGACUCCCUGGGGAACAUCCCGGAAUAA